AAAAAAUAAAAAUAUUUAUUUACAUUUGCAAUGUCUGGUUCUGGCGAGGAUUUCCAAGUGGUUACCAGAAAAAAAUGGAUAGCACGCAAGUGCUUGGGGCGGCGGGAUCGCCACAAGUCCGAGACUGACUAUUUGAAUGACUGCCCCGAUGUGAAUGUUGACAAAUUCAAGGAUCGCCUGGAGCGUCUGUGCACGAAAAUGUCACAAAGCGACUACUUUAUGCUAGCCAUGGAGACGCUGCAGCAACAGUUGGAUGUCCUAAAUCGACCGCUGGAACGGAUCGUCUGCCUGGGUCUGGGGCCGUUCUCUCGCACCCACAUCGCCCUGCAUCAGGCGGCCUUCGUUGUCAGUUUGCAGCGACACUACCAGCUCAAGGAAGCCCUUUACUUCGAUCCUGUGUUCAGGGAGAGCGAGAAGGAGCUGCUGCGUCUGUUCGAUGGCAGCGUCAUUGCCGAAGACUGCGCGGGCAAGCACGAGGCGACAGUGCCCACACUCUACUAUCUGCCACACUGCCCCUACCCCCUGAUGCACAACAUACUGUGGCGCAACUGGACUAGGGAUACGCUGCCCAACGUACUGCUGAUUUCAAACAGUUUCGAGAUGCUGACAAUGGCGAAAAAUACGCCCAAAGAUCACAUCAAUCAGAUACUCGAACACUGCACAGAGAUCCCACUGGAGGAUGACUACGAGCAUCACAAUGUCUUCAACGACUUGUCAUUGCACACAUUUCCCUGCGACAGUCUGCCCGAAAGCGAUGAUAAAACAUUUUGGACACGUUACGCACCGCUGAAAGUGAAUGAAGACGAACUGACCAUCGAGACGGAGGCAAAAACGGAGCUUUGAUUGGUUUUAGGUUUAUAUUUAAGUUAAAUUUUUGUACAUUUAAACAGUGCAAUAGGAUGGUCUCUGUGGCCCCUCACAGACCCAUAAAUUUGUCCAACUCUUUGUCAGCAUU